AACAUCAUUCAAAAAGACAAAUCAUCCAUUUAACUUUUAAACUAAACCAUCAUAGUUUUUAUCCCCCCGUCACUAUAUAAUACACCAUCUAACUGGGUUGCAUCACUACUACAAGAUUUAUCGCAUCAUUACAUCGAAUCUGUAUCUAGAACCACACCCAUAUUUUCACAUACAUACACCAAAAAAAACAUAUAUAUAAAUGUCGACACAACAACGAAAGAUUUAUAAGAAUCAACUGAAGAGAUUCAAUACCCCUUCAAUUGAAUUGACCAACUUGUUGGAGAUGUUCCCUGACUGGGAAUCGGAAGACUUGCAAUCGUUGUUGCAAGAACAUGACAACUCUUUGGAAGUUGUCAUUGAUUUGAUUGUUAAUAAUAAGGUUUCCAAGUGGGAACCAAGCAAGAAGGAAAAACAACACAAGAAGAAGGAACACAAGGACGACCAAGAAUCUCCAGUCAACAACGCUUCUCCUGCUAAUAACACUGCAUCAUCCAAACAAUCUAAAUCUAAAGGUCCUUAUGCCGGUCCAAAGCCAAGAAGAGAAAGAGCGCCAAAAAAGACUACACAACAACAACAACAAUCCCAACCUACUUCUGCUGGCUCAGUCUCUUCUUCCACAACCGCCACUGCCCCUGUUGCAUCUACAUCUCCUGUGUCUAAUUCGUGGGCUUCUGCUUUGUCUAGUGAUAAGCCUAAACAAGAAAUUGUAGAAGAAGAACCGGAACAACAACAGCCACAAGAAGAAGAAAAGCAAGAAGAAGAACAACAAGCACAACCUGAAGAACAAGAAGAAGUACCAGAACAACAAGAAUCAGAACAACC